GUCCACGUCCCCCAGACGCCUCCUUUAUAAAACUUCCUCCCCGCACCGAAGCGCCAGUCGGCCGCCUCCCCCCUCCACCUCCUCCCCCAGCGUCGCCUCCCGUUCGGAACCCCAAGCUCCCCCCCCGCCGCCGGCGAAAUGGCCCCGAAGCGAGGCGGCAAGGCGCCGGUGCCGGCGAAGAAGAAGGCGGCGGACAAGGUGGUGAACCCGCUGUUCGAGAAGAGGCCGAAGCAGUUCGGCAUCGGCGGGGCGCUGCCGCCCAAGAAGGACCUCCACCGGUUCGUCAAGUGGCCCAAGGUCGUGCGGAUCCAGCGCCAGCGCCGCAUCCUCAAGCAGCGCCUCAAGGUUCCCCCGGCGCUCCACCAGUUCACCCGCACCCUCGACAAGAACCUCGCCACCAACCUGUUUAAGAUGCUUCUCAAGUACCGCCCCGAGGACAAGGUGGCUAAGAAGGAGAGGCUUCUGAAGAGGGCCCAGGCUGAGGCUGAGGGGAAAACCGUUGAUGCCAAGAAGCCAAUUGUUGUGAAGUAUGGUCUUAACCAUGUCACUUACCUCAUCGAGCAGAGCAAGGCUCAACUGGUCGUCAUUGCUCAUGAUGUUGACCCAAUUGAGCUGGUUGUGUGGCUCCCAGCCCUGUGCAGGAAGAUGGAAGUCCCAUACUGCAUUGUUAAGGGAAAAUCACGCCUUGGAUCGAUCGUUCACAAGAAGACUGCCUCAGUUCUGUGCCUUACCACUGUGAAGAACGAGGACAAGCUUGAGUUCAGCAAGAUCUUGGAGGCUAUCAAGGCUAACUUCAACGACAAGUUCGACGAGGUCAGGAAGAAGUGGGGCGGUGGCGUCAUGGGCUCCAAGUCGCAGGCCAAGACCAAGGCCAGGGAAAGGCUCAUCGCCAAGGAGGCUGCGCAGAGGAUGAACUAAGCCUAGCCCUAUAAGUAUUGUCAGAGCAUAUGCCAUGUAGUUUCCCUUUCAGUCUGUCCUGAUUUUGACGAGGAACUCGAACCCUUUUAGCAGCACUGUGGAAUCGUAUUGUGGUUUUCUGAUUCGCUGUUCCGUUCUCCAGACUUCUGCAAAGAUCAGAUGAGGUUUACCCAUGUUUGGAUUCUAUAUAGUUUUAUGUCCUUUGUCGAGUCUGAA